AUUAGAUAGCUGCGAUCAUUUCAAAUAGCACUUGAUAUAGCCUAUAUAACACCGAUUUUAGUUAAGAGCAAUAUGCGUAAUUUGCUUUACACAAAAUGAAUGUAAUUUUAAAUAUUUGGAAGCCAUCUUGAUAUUUUGUGCGUAUUUUAAAAUGAAGAGGAUAGACAAUACUACUGGACUGACUUGACCCCUUCGAAAAGAGCCCCUACGCCAUCCGUGAGUUAGAGCUACCACCGACGUCAGAAACUGCUACCGUGAAGAUGGCGGAGGCUGCGGCGGCACCACAACACCGUUUUUUCUGUCACUGCUGUAAAGGUGAAAUUGACCCUAAACUCCCGGAAUUCAUAUGCCCCAGGUGUGAGUCCGAUUUCAUAGAAGAGGUGACCGAGGACUCCAGUCUCUUGGAGAACAGCAGCGCUGCAGAGACAAGUGAUGAUGCAGGCACACUCUUUUCAGAGCUGUGGCAGCUGCUGUUUAUGGAACGGUCUGCCCUACUCUCGGACCCCCCCCCCUACUUCGAGUCUGACCAAAGCCACCUACAGGCUGCCACAGACAGUGAUUUAGUGGAGGAUGACACAGAGGGCCCUUCUGAAGCGUCUGUGGCCGCUGUGGGAGGCACAGAGCCUUUAGAGCCUGAACUGGAACGCCCCUCUCGCCCACCUGUGCGACAGUCCCGCACACCUGCAGUAGAGGGUAUUGUGCAGCAGUUUUUAGCAGGCCUGUUUGCCAACAAUGGAAAUCCAGGCGUUGCACCAGCUGCACUGUCUGGCAUGCUCCAUUCAAACCCAGGCGACUAUGCCUGGGGUCAGGGAGGUCUAGACGCUGUUAUCACAGAGUUGUUAGGUCAGUUUGAGAGCACAGGUCCGCCUCCUGCAGAGAAGGAGAUGAUCUCCUCCCUUCCCAUGGUCAGCGUCUCUCAAGAACAGAUAGACAGCAGACUGGAGUGUCCGGUGUGUAGGGAGGAGUACGUGGUUGGAGAGUCUGUCAAGAAGCUGCCCUGCCUCCAUUACUUCCAUAGUGACUGCAUAGUGCCCUGGCUUGAACUGCACGAUACCUGUCCGGUGUGUCGUAAAAGUCUUGAAGGCAUAGACCAGAGUAUCCAGCCCUCAUCUGAGCCCCCGGAGCCCCCCUGCAUCAGAACAGACCAUCAGGAGGAGAGACAGGCUAUUUGAGGAUCUGGCCUCCUUAUCUUCUACCUCUGGCACCUCUUCUCCCAAUGUUGUCUUGAUCAAGGCUCACCUCUGUCCUCAUUCAGCCUCGUCAUCCAUCGUCCCACUGUUUCCAUGCGUUUUUUAAAGAGACAGAUUUCAAAUGAACUCUGCUUCAAUGUCAAAAUGUCAAACCGAAAUAUUCAACUCACAUUGCUGUCAGCCAUGGAUCUCUUACUUUGGGAACUUUGGUUGCUGCUACAAAAGAUCAAUCUGCGUCAUUACCUCACCUGCAAAUGGUUCCAUACAAAAUGUGAUGUAUUGGACAUGUCCCUUCGUAGUGGCAUUUCCCCACUGUUAUGAUUGGCUCCGUUUUUUGAAUUCCAACCACAUGAAAUGACGUCCUUGAGCCACAGGGGAGUUACAUAUUUGAUGGGAUGAGAAGAGUGUGGAAGAAUCCUAAAAGAGGAGCUGAUCUCACUCUUGCAGUGAAGCUGUGGGUAAGAUCAUUUUCCUGCGCUGUUCUCUCCAAUGUCUGGUUGUGUCCCCAUAGUCUCUGAUUUAUCACACACAAUUCAGGGAUUUGAAAAGAAAAGGCCGGUAUACGGAAACUCCUUUUAGCAUGCCUAGCAAUGCAUUUACCUUUGUGAGGUAGGGGAGAUUAUUGGGACACAACCCUAGUCUUUCACAUCCUUUUAAUCUCACAUAGCAGUAUUCAUUAAUAAUGUCCAACUCUUAAGUCCCCUAAUAAAACCUGAUGCUGUUUUCCAUCGCCAGUUCCUUGUAACAUUAUGCACUUUUCUAAUGGAUUUGUCUUUUACCCUGUUUUUAUUGUUAGUUAAUAAGAAUGGUAAGUACAGGUUUUAAAUAAUUUGAUAUUCUAAUGGGACAAUAUAAUGUAUUGGAAUGUAUAUACUGUAUGUGUAAAUGUGUAUAUACAUGUAUGUUUGUUAACGAAUACAUCCAAAUGGCAAUGAGGUGAUUAGAUAUGAAGAUUAAUAAAUAAUUGUCAGAUUGAUAAA